AUGGCGCUAAAUUCGACUGUGCAGUACCCGGAAGGCGUCGUAGUCGAAGAUAAAAGUAAAGCAACACUUGAAACUAGACCGCCAGAUGAUAGUAGACCGUCGGGAGACAUGGCCACCAUACACGAUGACGAUGAACGGCUUUUAGCCCGUAUCGGGUAUAGACAGGAACUCAGACGAGAAUUCUCGAGAUGGUCAACUGUGUCUUAUGCCAUUUCAAUACUUGGAGUGCUAGGUUCAGUUCCAGCUACUUUCUCGUAUCCCCUCGCAGCCGGAGGCCCGGCAGCCGCGGUCUGGUGCUGGUUUAUAGGCUCUUGUAUGGCAAUGUGCGUCGGCAGUUCUGUCGCUGAGCUGGUAUCGGCCUAUCCAACAGCCGGCGGCAUGUACUUUGUCACCAAGCAUGUUGUGCCAAAAGAACAGGUCGCUAUCUUUUCAUGGAUCCAGGGAUGGUGCAAUUUGCUUGGUCAAACAGCAGGUGUAUCAAGUGUCGCAUACACUGUUAGCCAGAUGCUUCUUGCCUGCGUCAGUAUGAAUUCAACUUAUGAAGACAGCGGCCGGUACUCGUAUUCACCGACGGCUGCUCAGACAGUACUUGUAUCGAUAGCAAUGCUCUGCGUCAUGGGUAUCAUUUGCUCUCUCACCACAAAAACAUUGCACCGGGUUAUCCUAUGGUUUGCGCCCAUCAAUAUCCUAGCAACAAUUGCUAUAUGUACUGCGUUGCUAUACUUGACACCCGAAUUACAGUCCGCUAAAUGGGUGUUCACUACUGUGACAGAUGGGUCAGGAUGGGGAUCCAAGUCUUUCUCGUUUCUUCUUGGCUUUUUAUCUGUGACGUGGACAAUGACUGACUAUGACGGAACGACUCAUAUGUCUGAGGAAACUCAUAAUGCUGCUAUUCAAGGGCCAAGAGCUAUUCGGACUGCGGUUGUUGUAUCCGGAAUUUUUGGCUGGUUUCUGAAUGUGGCCAUGUGUUUCUGUAUCAAUGACUUGGAUGCAGUUUUAACUAGCCCGACUGGAAUGCCUGCAGCGCAGCUUUUUCUCAACGCUGGUGGUCGAAUCGGAGGAACUGUAAUGUGGUUCUUCGUGAUUCUAGUUCAGUUCUUUACCGGAUGCUCUGCAAUGCUGGCUGAUACUCGUAUGACUUAUGCAUUUGCUAGAGACGAAGCUCUUCCAUUUUCGAAAUUUCUAGCAAAAAUCAACGGGAUAACACACACUCCAGUAAAUUCUGUCUGGUUUGUGGUCUUCUUCAGUACCAUCCUCAACCUCAUCGCCAUCGGAUCGACCGAAACGGCAACAGCAAUUUUCAACGUUACCGCCCCAGCGUUGGACAUUUCAUAUAUCUCCGUGAUCCUUGCUCAUCGGAUAUACAGAAAUCGUGUCCAAUUCAUAGAAGGUCCAUUCACUCUUGGACGCUGGGGACAACCCGUGAAUUGGAUCUCUAUAGCAUGGGUUAUUUUCAUCAGCAUUAUUCUAUUUUUUCCUCCCACGAGACCAAUCACAGCGUCAAAUAUGAACUAUGCUAUAUGUGUGGCCCUCUUCAUCGCUCUCUUCUCUCUAUCAUGGUGGUGGCUAUCCGCAAGAAACAAAUACAUCGGUCCUCGCACCAAAGAGCUUAUGCAGUCUGUUCCGGAAGAUGAUUAUGAUGAUGUCGAUCAUCGGAACUCAACUGAUGUGUGA